UUGAGCUUAAAGGAAGAAAAAAAAAAUGUCUCCACUUCUGAGAAGCAUCUUUGAUAUCACAAAAACUUUCAAUCAAUAUGCCUCACAUGAUUGUGAUGGGGCAGCACUAAGCAAGAAAGACCUGAAGAACCUCCUUGAGAGGGAAUUUGGAGAUGUCCUUCAGAGACCACACGACCCUGAAUCAGUAGAUCUGAUCCUGGAACUUCUGGAUCGCGACUGUAACGGGUUUGUCGAUUUCAAUGAGUUCCUCCUAUUCGUUUUCAAGGUGGCUCAAGCUUGUUAUUACGCUCUCAGCCAGGCCUCUGGGCUAAAAGAAAACGGAGCCAAGUGUGAGGGAAAGGGUAUCCGGUUACAGGAUCGCAGGAGGGAAGAGCAAAGGAGAUUCGAGCCCCGGGACAGACAGUUGGAAGAAGAACGUAGGCUGAAGAGGCAGGAACUGGAGGAGGAGUUCGCUGAGGAAGAGGAGCAGAAAGAGAACCAAGAGAGACGUGAACAGAGGCUGCAAAGACGAGAACGAGAAGAGCGUGGUGAGGAGGAAGAGCGGCAGCAUAGGCGCAAGAGUCGGGAGCCCGAGAAGUUUCUUGACCAAGAGCAAAGGCAAGAGAGGCAAGAGCAGCGGGAGCUACAGCGCCAACAGGAGGACCAGCAACAGUGGCAAAGACGAGAGCAGCGAGAUAGUCAGGAAGAAGAGCAGUUGCAAAAGCGGGGGAGCCAAGGGCUGAAGAGAGAGCGCUUGGAGGAAGAGCAGCAGCUGCAGCGGCAGAGGAGCGGGCGCGAGGAGCUGCGUUCAGAGCAGGAAAGGCGAGAGCAGCAGGAGCGGCGUGAGCUUCAAGAACUGAGGGAGCUGCGGCGCGAGGACCAGGAGAGGAGCGGGGAGGGGCUGCGAUGCGAGCAGCAGGAGAGGUGCGUGGAGCGGCUGCAGGAGAGGCAGAAGCAGGAGCUGAGGCGCGAGCAGCAGGAAACGCCGGAGCAGGAAGAGGCCGAUGAGCGGAGCGAGAGCCGCACCCUGAGAUGGCAGUGGCAGCUAGAAAGCGCAGCCGACGCCCGUCAGAGCAAAGUCUACUCCAGGCCCCGCAGGCAAGAGCAACAGAGGCACUACCAGGAACAAGAGGAAGAGAGGAGGUGGCGCCAGGAUCCCGAGCAGCGGCUGAGCCAGAAGGAGCGGGAGCUCCUGCAGGAGGAGGAAGAGCAGCGCCGCGACUUCAAAUGGCAGUGGCAGGCGGAGGAAGAGAGCAAGAGGCGCCACCAGAAGCUAUCGGCAAAGCAGCCACCUUUGCGGGAGCAGAGAAACAGGCAACUGAGGGCAGAGCGGCGCCAGGAGCCUGACAGAAGGUUCCGCGAAGAGGAACAGCUCCGUCAGGAAAGGGAUGAAGAACAAAAGUUCCGCGAAGAGGAACAGUUCCGUCAGGAAAGGGAUGAAGAACAGCGGCUUGGCCGCCAGGAGCGCGACAGAAAGUUCCGCGAAGACGAACAGCUCCGUCAGGAAAGGGAAGAACAGCGGCUUGGCCGCCAGGAGCGCGACAGAAGGCUCCGCGAAGAGGAACAGCUCCGUCAGGAAAGGGAUGAAGAACAGCGGCUUGGCCGCCAGGAGCGCGACAGAAGGCUCCGCGAAGAGGAACAGCUCCGCCAAGUAAGGGAUGAAGAGCAGCUGCGCCGCCAGGAGCGCGACAGAAAGUUCCGCGAAGAGGAACAGCUCCGUCAGGAAAGGGAUGAAGAACAGCGGCUUGGCCGCCAGGAGCGCGACAGAAAGUUCCGCGAAGACGAACAGCUCCGUCAGGAAAGGGAAGAACAGCGGCUUGGCCUCCAGGAGCGCGACAGAAGGCUCCGCGAAGAGGAACAGCUCCGCCAAGUAAGGGAUGAAGAGCAGCUGUGCCGCCAGGAGCGCGACAGAAAGUUCCAGGAUGAGGAACAGCUCCGCCAAGUAAGGGAUGAAGAGCAGCUGCGCCGCCAGGAGCCUGACAGAAGGUUCCGCGAAGAGGAACAGCUCCGUCAGGAAAGGGAAGAACAGCGGCUUGGCCGCCAGGAGCGCGACAGAAAGUUCCGCGAAGAGGAACAGCUCCGUCAGGAAAGGGAAGAACAGCGGCUUGGCCGCCAGGAGCGCGACAGAAGGCUCCGCGAAGAGGAACAGCUCCGUCAGGAAAGGGAUGAAGAACAGCGGCUUGGCCGCCAGGAGCGCGACAGAAGGCUCCGCGAAGAGGAACAGCUCCGCCAAGUAAGGGAUGAAGAGCAGCUGCGCCGCCAGGAGCGCGACAGAAAGUUCCGCGAAGAGGAACAGCUCCGUCAGGAAAGGGAUGAAGAACAGCGGCUUGGCCGUCAGGAGCGCGACAGAAAGUUCCGCGAAGAGGAACAGUUCCGUCAGGAAAGGGAUGAAGAACAGCGGCUUGGCCGCCAGGAGCGCGACAGAAAGUUCCGCGAAGACGAACAGCUCCGUCAGGAAAGGGAAGAACAGCGGCUUGGCCGCCAGGAGCGCGACAGAAGGCUCCGCGAAGAGGAACAGCUCCGUCAGGAAAGGGAUGAAGAACAGCGGCUUGGCCGCCAGGAGCGCGACAGAAGGCUCCGCGAAGAGGAACAGCUCCGUCAGGAAAGGGAUGAAGAACAGCGGCUUGGCCGCCAGGAGCGCGACAGAAAGUUCCGCGAAGACGAACAGCUCCUAAGGGAUGAAGAGCAGCUGUGCCGCCAGGAGCGCGACAGAAAGUUCCAGGAUGAGGAACAGCUCCGCCAAGUAAGGGAUGAAGAGCAGCUGCGCCGCCAGGAGCCUGACAGAAGGUUCCGCGAAGAGGAACAGCUCCGUCAGGAAAGGGAAGAACAGCGGCUUGGCCGCCAGGAGCGCGACAGAAAGUUCCGCGAAGAGGAACAGCUCCGUCAGGAAAGGGAAGAACAGCGGCUUGGCCGCCAGGAGCGCGACAGAAGGCUCCGCGAAGAGGAACAGCUCCGUCAGGAAAGGGAUGAAGAACAGCGGCUUGGCCGCCAGGAGCGCGACAGAAAGUUCCGCGAAGAGGAACAGCUCCGUCAGGAAAGGGAAGAACAGCGGCUUGGCCGCCAGGAGCGCGACAGAAGGCUCCGCGAAGAGGAACAGCUCCGUCAGGAAAGGGAUGAAGAACAGCGGCUUGGCCGCCAGGAGCGCGACAGAAAGUUCCGCGAAGACGAACAGCUCCGUCAGGAAAGGGAAGAACAGCGGCUUGGCCUCCAGGAGCGCGACAGAAGGCUCCGCGAAGAGGAACAGCUCCGCCAAGUAAGGGAUGAAGAGCAGCUGUGCCGCCAGGAGCGCGACAGAAAGUUCCAGGAUGAGGAACAGCUCCGCCAAGUAAGGGAUGAAGAGCAGCUGCGCCGCCAGGAGCCUGACAGAAGGUUCCGCGAAGAGGAACAGCUCCGUCAGGAAAGGGAAGAACAGCGGCUUGGCCGCCAGGAGCGCGACAGAAAGUUCCGCGAAGACGAACAGCUCCGUCAGGAAAGGGAUGAAGAGCAGCUGCGCCGCCAGGAGCGCGACAGAAGGUUCCGCGAAGAGGAACAGCUCCUAAGGGAUGAAGAGCAGCUGCGCCGCCAGGAGCGCGACAGAAGGUUCCGCGAAGAGGAACAGCUCCGUCAGGAAAGGGAUGAAGAACAGCGGCUUGGCCGCCAGGAGCGCGACAGAAGGCUCCGCGAAGAGGAACAGCUCCGCCAAGUAAGGGAUGAAGCGCAGCUGCGCCGCCAGGAGCGCGACAGAAGGCUCCGCGAAGAGGAACAGCUCCGCCAAGUAAGGGAUGAAGAGCAGCUGCGCCGCCAGGAGCGCGACAGAAAGUUCCGCGAAGAGGAACAGCUCCGUCAGGAAAGGGAUGAAGAACAGCGUCUUGGCCGCCAGGAGCGCGACAGAAAGUUCCGCGAAGAGGAACAGCUCCUAAGGGAUGAAGAGCAGCUGCGCCGCCAGGAGCGGGACAGAAAGUUCCGCGAAGAGGAACAGCUCCGUCAGGAAAGGGAUGAAGAACAGCGGCUUGGCCGCCAGGAGCGCGACAGAAGGCUCCGCGAAGAGGAACAGCUCCGUCAGGAAAGGGAAGAACAGCGGCUUGGCCGCCAGGAGCGCGACAGAAGGUUCCGCGAAGAGGAACAGCUCCGUCAGGAAAGGGAAGAACAGCGGCUUGAGGAACAGCUCCGCCAAGUAAGGGAUGAAGAGCAGCUGCGCCGCCAGGAGCGCGACAGAAGGUUCCGCGAAGAGGAACAGCUCCGUCAGGAAAGGGAAGAACAGCGGCGUCGUCAAGACCGCGACCUGCAGCAGAGCCGCGACCAGGUCUGGGAGGAAGACAAGGGGCGUCGACAGGUUCUGGAACCUGGCAAGGGUCAGUUUGCCAGUGCUCCGGUGCGCUCCAGCCCGCUCUACGAGUACAUCCAAGAGCAGAGAUCUCAAUACCGCCCUUAAGAGAUGCUGCCUAAUCCCGACACCUACCAAAGCUUUGAGCAAAGGAAAAUUAGAAACACUAAGUAUCAGAUGACUCAAAUGUUUCUG